UAUGGAAUUAGUUGAAAUGGAAAUGGCGCCUUCCAAUAAAAUAACCGUUUUAUUCAGUCCACCCAUUUCCAAUUACAACCGCAAUCCUUCAUCCUCAACGAUUUGAGGUUUUGAGAGAGAGAGAGAGAGAGCUACUGAAUAGGAGCUGAAAUGCAGGUUCUGAGCCAGAUUUUCUCUCCUCGCACCCUUCCUUCCCGCCGAGGAAAUCGAUCGGAAACCCUAGGAAUUGCAGCUUCGCAAUCGAGAUUGAAGCGGAAUUAUACUCGGAGCAGCGGCGUUUCCUCGUUCGUCGACAGGAGGGGGAGUUUGAGCGAUUGUGCUGUAAAUAGAAGGAGGAAUGUAGUAGUUUCAGCUGUAGAAGAAGGAAUCUCGGGUGCUGGUGCGCAGAGAAAGAGAAAAGUGGUUGAACAUAUAUGCCUAGUCAAAGCAAAGGACGAUUUGUCGGAAGAGGAAGAGAAAGACAUGCUGGAUUUUCUUUACACGACUCAAUAUCAAAUGCGAGGCAUUGUUGCCAUGUCAUUAGGAUGCAUAUGUGAUCAAAAUCCUGAGCAAUUCACCCAUGCCAUAUUUAUGCGUUUCCAGACGAAAGAGGACCUUGCCAAAUUCUACGAGAACACCUUCUAUACAACAGUUCUCAAGGAACAUGUGAUGCCUUACUGCCAUGGGUUUAUAAAUUUUGAUUUUGAGUCCGAAGUAGAAGAUGAUAUCCUGCCAAUCUUCCGGAAGGGAGAGGAGUUCAACUACGGUGUCGAGCUAAUGAUACUUGUGGAAUUUAGUCAGAGUUCUCUGGGUGGGCAUGCUGAAGAUGCAAUUACUUCUCUAGCAAACUUGACAGUGGAUUUUCCUUCUCUGAUUGUUCAAGCUACUAAAGGUGCAAAUUUGAAAAAGGAUAAUAUAGAGUAUACUCACGGGGUAGUAGUGAGGUUUCGGUCAGUGGAGGCCUUCAAGAUCUUCAUGAGCAGUUCGGAAUACAAUACUAUCUGGGAAUCCAAAUUCGUGCCGUUCAUUCGAAAGGCUCUAUGUUUGCAUUUUUCAGUAGAUCCUGUUGGCAAAGAGCUUAUGUAGCAAGGUCAGUCUCCUUCACUCUUCAGAGCAUCCACAACGCGGAUACUCGAAAUACUAUGGAUUGUCACUAUAAUAUUUUUGAAGCAUUAUAUUUGUGCUGAUUUUAUAAUAAUUAGCCUUGGCUUGCCUAAUGGUUUGAUGGGUUUUGAUUUGGCACCAAAAUAUUUUUGCAUUUUCUAUAUGUUUUUGUCUUUUACUUUGUUAAUGCAAGCCAUAGUAGUGUACAUAAAUAGGUUUUUCACUAAUUAUUUCAUAAAUAGGAGAUGCAUGAUGCCUAAUGCAAGUCAAGUUAUGGACCCACUUAUAUAGUUUAUUAUACACUAAUUUUAGUUUCCAACUAGAUUCCACAUCUGUAAUAUGCCACCGUUUGACUCUCACAAGAAACAUUGAAUGUUGUAAUUUCACUAUUUUUUAAUUUCCAAACCAUCACCCCUAGUAACUAUCUAACCAGAAUUAACAAAUCAAACAACUAGUUACACCCAAUUAUUCAUACCAUUGAUAAAUGUAUCUGAUUCAGUUCUGAAAUUUGUGUUGAUUGUUAGUUUUGCAAAAUUAUUCCUUUCAAUCCCACCAAUUGUUAUUGCCUAUUAUCAUCAUACUGAACUACUAUAAAACAAAAAACAUCAUGAAAAUCAACAUAUAGACAAAAAUAAAGGUCUAUCCCAAAAUCACUGCAAACGAAAAGCAAUUAAGAAACACGAAAAAGAGGUAAAUUGAGAGAGUGGUCGCACAUCAACAACCUUAAUAACAAUUUGAAAAUUUUAAUAACUCCCAUUACAUUAGUUUGCUAUUAUCAUAUUAUCAAGGUAAUUAACUGUCUGCAACUAUAUGAGAGCCAUUUCUUUAUUCGAUGCAUGUUGUAACAAACCUAGUUUGAUUCAAAGGUUUGAUUUUCAGUUUGUUUUGAUUAUAAUUAAUAAACAAUAAAAAUCACUAUUUAAUUUUGAAAAUAUGAACAAGAAACUUAGUUAACCCUUAUUUUCUCUCAAUUAUAUGAAAACCUCCAAAACAUCAAAGCUACCCAUAAAACGAUACAAAUCAAUAAAUAACAUGAAAAAAUAAUGAUUGAAUCUUCAUUUCUUGAACUAAGAAUGGUAGCAAUGGUUCAAACAAAUUAAAUCAACUAUACAUGCUAGUAUAAUAAUUCAAGACAACUUUUGUUCUUAGCUAGUUUACAAAACAAUAAAAUAAAUAAUAUUAUACUACUAUUUUGUAUAUCAACAUCUCUACAUGAAGAAAUUAAAGAAAAUCCUCAAAAACACAACUAUAAUCUCUACAAAAACUUUCUUAUCUGAACUUCUGCAAGAAACCAAUUAAAGA